AUCAUGGCCAGAUUCCUCAUGUUUCGCAAUACUGCUCGCCCACUCUCCCCGUACUUUAUCGCACAUGCUUCUCGGACUCGUCAUUUCCAUGAGAUCACCACGGAUUUCAUUACCCAGGAUACUGCAGGCACCUUGGUAUCUAAAAAGGUUCACGUGGUUAUCGGGAACCCCGGGCAAGCCUACGUGUUGAUUUACCCACCCGUCGGAGAAGCGUUUCGUGCUGCCAGCUCUACUGCGGCGACGCAAGACCGAUGUAAACUGUCAUUCUUCCAUGACACACAGCACUUCGGCCUCGAAUCACCGAGUUAUCCUCGUCUUCAUAUCCCAACCCAAUUUCCCCGCCAGUCGGGAUCUAACACAAGCCCUGCGACCAUUUUUCUGAGCGGAAAGAUGUAUGAGAUUGUUAUAGACGGGACUGAUGAUGCCGAAUUUGCCGAGCACUCCAGCGCUUCUGGACAAUACUUGAAGCCCGUUCUUGAUCAACUGAAGUAUAUGUGA